UUAGCAAACGCGCAUCCCGCAUUCAUUCUGUGUUCGUGCUAGCAAUCGGAUCGUUAAAUUGUUCAAUUAAGGCAGGAAUUCCGGUGAUUCAGUGAAAACUUCUUAAUAAUCAACAGCAUCAUGUCUUGGUAUUACACGCCCGUUCCAACGGUAGUUCCGGCCGAAGAUUUCGACGCUUCCGCCGAUGCCAAUGCAUUGCGCGCCGCCAUGAAGGGCCUAGGAACGGAUGAGCAGGCGAUCAUCGACAUUCUUACCGCUCGUAGCAACGCCCAGCGGCUGCAAAUUGUGGAACAAUACACCAGCGAACUUGGUCGGGAUUUAAUCGACGAUUUGAAAUCCGAACUGGGUGGCAAAUUUGAGGACGUCAUCGUCGGUUUGAUGAUGCCACCGGAGAAGUAUCUCUGCAAGCAGCUGCACAAGGCGAUGGAUGGUAUCGGGACGGAUGAAGAGACGCUGAUCGAGGUGCUGGCACCACAGACGAACGAAGAGGUAAAGAAGAUUGUCGAUUGCUAUGAGCAAAUGUACGACAGACCGUUGGCGGAGCACCUGUGCUCAGAGACCUCGGGCAGCUUCCGCCGGCUGCUGACGAUGAUCAUCGUAGGCGCACGCGAUCCGCAGGGUACCGUCGAUGCUGAACUGGCCGUUCAGCAAGCUGAUCAGCUUUACAACGCCGGCGAGGGAAAGAUGGGUACGGAUGAGGAGGUGUUCUAUAAACUGUUGGCCCACUGCAGCUUCGACCAGUUGGAGAUUGUGUUCGAUGAGUAUAAGAAGCUUUCCGGCCAAACGAUCGAGCAGGCCAUGAAGCAUGAACUAAGCGGUGAGCUAUACGAUGCACUCAGUGCGAUCGUUGAGUGUGUCCAGAUGGCCCCCCAUUUCUUCGCAAAACGUCUACAUAAGGCCAUGGAUGGUGCCGGUACUGAUGAUGCCACGCUCAUUCGGAUCAUCGUUUCGCGUUCCGAGAUCGAUCUGCAGAACGUGAAGGACGAGUACGAGCAGAUGUACAACAAAACGUUGCUGAGCGCUGUUCGGAACGAGUGCUCUGGUGACUACAAGCGUGCUCUUUGCGCUUUGAUUGGAGGGGCUUAAGAGAGCAUAGCGCCACAUACCAUUAACCGAGUGUCGCCAAUGAAGAUAUUAACGGACAAUUAACACAAUAUUUUAAGCAGAGUAAAGCCCAACGAACGCUCAGCGCAAUGCUAUUUCUACGUAAUCUCGAAGAUGCAGAGAAGCUCGACGAUAAGCGUGUAACGUCCCCAUGUCGACCAAUAAGUAUUUGCAUUCAAUGUGUAGCCUUUGCUCUCGAGCUGCCUUGCUGCGUAACGCAUUUGAAGCACAGUAUUUUACAGCACACCAAACCGUGAAUAAAGACAUUUAAAUGUGGCAAAUCAAAUCGAGUAUGCUGUGAAGGGGAAAGUCGAGGCA